AACAAAUAAUUUAACAGCAAUCCAUCCAAUAGGAGCAGCAGCAGAAGCAGCAGCCUGGUAAUACAAAACGUACUUAGUAGUAAUCUAUGUUGCUGUUUAGCCAUAGAGCCCACGGUAGCACCACUGAAAUUGCUUCCAUUAUAUUGUGUUUACGGUAUCCGACUGAUGGAGUAAAAUAACACGACUGGACCCCUGGGACCCCCCCUCCUUCCCCUCACACGGUGAUCGGCACUGAUACAGCAGCGCCGGUAGGGGCGGGGCAGCACUGCAGCAGUGCGCUUCUCGAGCUGUCUCCGGUAAAGCUCCAUAGGAUACACGCGCCCCUCUCCGCCCCUGCUGCGAGACAGGUGGUUGGACUGUAUGCCUUCAUCCUCGAGCGCCCGGAGUAAGAAAACAAAUCUGUUGGCAGCAGGGAAGGGUCGGUUGGCGCGAGCGCGUCCCCGAUGGACUUCCAGCGUGUGACCUCCGCGAUCACCGGGCGGACAGCCGGAGAGGGGGGCAACAACCGGAACGCAAGAGGAGAGCCCCGCCGAUCCACUACCAAAUGUUUUCCACCGAAUUGCUCGAGCUGCUGUUCACGGGAGGGGGUCUACCGACAGCGGAAUGAGAUGCAAGAAUAAAAAGUUGACACGAUUUCGGUGGGGAAUUUUCGUCUGAGAGGCGGCAGGAUCAUUUCUGACUAUCCUCCGGGUCUGGGAAGUUCCCUUGAGGGGUGGUGGGGGGGUUUCAUUAUGGCUUCAGGCGCCGGUAAGGCUGCACAGCCCCCCGGGCCGGGCUCCGCCGUUAACGGGACUGCGGCAGAGUUCCCGAACAUCGAGCAGGAGCUGUACGACUACCAGAUGCACAGCAAGAUGUGCAAGAAGAUCGCGCAGCUCACCAAGGUGAUUUACUCUCUGAACAUGAAGAAUGAGGAGCAAGAGGCGGCCCUGCAGGCCUUGAGUCACGCCCAUCACGAGGAGCUGCACCGCAUCCUGAUGGAUACAUGUCAUGAAGGGGAGGGGUCAGCACUUAGGACACGCCUCCUGGAGCUGCAGGAGUCUCUUGAUGAGCAGCAAAGAGUUGGAGCCCAGGUACAGGCGGACUUUGAGUGCUUCCGCAUCCAUGCGGAGGAGAGGGAGCGUGAGACUGAGGCUGAGCUGAGGAAAGGGUUUGAGGAGAGGCUCCAGGCCGCAGAAGAGGAGCUCCAGGAGGCCAAGUCCCAGAUCAGCGCAGCCCAGGAGGAGAGCCUGCGGUUGAGCAAAGAACUGGAGAAGGCUGGAGAGCAGAUCCAAGAGCUGGAUGCCAAAUGCGAGGAGCUACAAAAAGCGGCUGAGCAGGAAAGGGAGAGGAAAGAGGAGCAGAGGCAGAGAGACGAUGAGGAGAAAAAGAAAGAAGAGGAGGACAGACAAACAGAAGAGCGGGAGGACUUGGAAAGAGUGAAAGGACUCUUAGAGGAGGUGAGCACACUGAAAGAGGAGAGGGACCGAGCGGAGGAGGAGAAGAGGCGAGCAGUGAAAGAGGAACGGGAGCAAUGGGAAGGAAAGAUGAACGAUCUUAACGAGGAGAAAGAGGAGAUGAGGAAGAAGAUGGAGGCAGAAUGGAGGGAGGAGCGUCGGAGGUGGGAAGAGAGGGAGGAAGAGGAGAAGAAAGGCAUGCACAGCGCUCUGAGAGAAAGAGUGAAGAGAGCAGAGGCAGAGGUGGAAAGUCAUCUGGAGAGGCUUGCGGAGAGCAAGAGAAACACAAUCAAACUGCAAGAGCGAAUACAGGACCUGGAGGAGGAGCUGGAACUGGAUCGGAGGCGUGUAUCCGAGGCCGAGGGCGUGGCUAAACGGGCGGAGGAGGAGCUAGCGGUCGCCAAGGAGAGGCUGCUGUUGCAGGAAGAUGAGCUGCAGAGCAGAGCAGAGGAGCUGCUGAACCGUGGAGGUUGCGAGGUGUGUGUGUGUGCUGAGGUGGAUGAACUGAGGAGCCAGGUGAGCCGUCUGCAGAGCAGGAACAGAGAGCUGGAGUUACAGAGCAGCGGUAGAAACAGUGACCAUGCCCGGCAGAUACGCCAGCAUGCCGAGGCCCUGUCCUGUUUGCGUUCUGAGAUGGUGAGAGCUCAGACAGAGGAGCUGCGUCGCAUCCAAAAACACGCAGACGACGAGAGGGAGAAACUGCAGAGGGAGAUAGAAAAAGAGAGAGAAAAGUUGCAGAAGGAAAGAGAGCAGGAGAAGGAUCACCUGGAGAAGGACAGAAACAGAGUCCGCAGAGAGAGAGAUGAGGAGAAGGAAGCGCUGCGCAAAGAAAUGGAGGAGGUCAAAGAACGUCUGAGGAGGGAAAAGGAGGAGGAGAUGGACCGGCAACGUAAGGAGUUGGAGGUCGAGAGGGUUCGUGUUCUCUCCCAGCUGGACAAGAACAUAGAGCAGGUGGAGGCAGAGAGAGCCGGCGUGCAGCAGAAGCUGGAAGAGGAGAAGAAGAGGUUGGUGGAGAAGGCCGAGGAGGACAGGAAGCGGUUGAAGGAGCAGGUGCGGAAGGCGAUAGAGGAGGUGAUGAGGAGACACGCGGCCGAGCUGCACAGUGUACAAGAAGCUCUGAGCUCAGAGAAGAAGACCAACCAAGAGGUUUGUGCGCGUCUGGAGGAGGAGAGGAGAGGUGGAGAGGAGCUACGCAGCGGGCUGGAGAAGGAAAAGGAGGAACUUGAGACAAAACUGAAAGAUGCCAGCAUUGAGAUCUGUCGGUUGAAGUCAGUAAUCCAUCAACAAGAAAAGAAAGAAAAGGUCGGCCCCGAAGCUGCACCCUCAUCCUCUCGCCUGGAGGAGGAGCUGCAUCAGACUCGGAGUCGACUGGCUCGGAUACAGGAGGAGGCGGAGAGGCAGCGGGACAGGCAGCAGAGAGAGAUAACGUCCCUGAGAGCUGACAAACACCGGCUGGAGGAGAAAGUCCUGGAACAGAGCCGACUGAACACGGAGAGGAGCCUCCUUGAGCAGAGCCAGCGGCACACCGAGGACCAGAUCAGGGCAGAGUGUGAGGAUCGUCUCAGAGCAGAGUUCAGGAUAGAGAUGAAUGCCGCUGUUGCUGAGAGCGAGCAGAGAUGGCAGAACCGAGAGCAGGAGCUGCAGACACAGAUAACUGAGCUGCAGAGUCAACUGGACGAGCUGCAGGUGGAGAAAAAGAAGGCGGGUUCGGGAGACGAUUGCCACGGCAACCCUGAAAUUGACAGGCUGAGGACGGAGGUUCAAGAGACCAAGGAGAUAAACAAGAAACUGAGGGAUCUGCUGCAGGAGCCCCAGAGCCAGUCUUUAGCUGAGGAGAGACACAGUCACGCCGUGGAGCUGCAGACGUUACAGCGACAGGCAAAAGAAGAUCUGCUGUCUGAGAGGAACAGACUACAGACCAUGCACCACCUGGAGCUAGAUAAGCAGCGUGCGGAGUUGACCCAGCAGCACACCGAGUGGAGCAGACAGAUGACCCAGAGACACAUGCAGCAGAUAGAGGACCUGCAGGCUCAACUACAAGCACACACACAGAUGAUGGCCCUGCAACAGGACCUGAAGCAGCAGAACCAGUAUCAGGUGUUUGAGCGACAGCUGGAUGAGAGUCGCUGUGCCAUGCUGGAGCUGCAGAGAGAGAACGCAACAUUGAAGAAACAAUUAAAGGAAAAGUCAAUACAAGAGAAACCUGAGGCCGAAGAGAAAGAGGAGGAGAGCACAGAACUGCACAAGAAGAGAGACGCCCAGCUCGAAGAAGAAGCACAACGUCUGAAGGAGGAAGUGGAGAAACUGAGGGUGGAGAUGGAGAAACUGGAGGAGUCACAGAAACACUGGGAGGAGAAAAAAGAGGAGGAUGUGAAAGAAGAGGAAGUGGAGGAGGAGGAGAAGAGGAAGGAGCGGGAAGAGGAGAAGAGGAGAGAGGAGGUGGAGGAGAUCAGGAGGGAGCACAAGAAGGAGAUGCAGAGUCUGGUCUCUGAAUACAGCAGCGCUCAGACGCACCUGCAGGCUCGCAUAGUAGCUCUGGAGAAUGAAUUUAAUUCCAGGCUGCGUGAGCGGGAGGAACGGUGCAGGAGGAGGGAGCCUCGAUGUGAUGAGCUGCAGUUGGGGAAACUCCAGGAGAGACUUACAGAGAGAGACCAGCUCAUUAAACGAUUAGUGGAAGAGAGGCAUCAGCUGCAGCUCCACCCUCCUGUUGCCGGGGACAACAGCACCCUCAGGCUCCGUGACAGCAAGUCCCGCCCCGGGAGCGUCACGCCAACCAUGAGGAGGAAGCGUGUGGAGUCACCUCCUCGUGUCACCAGCAUCCCCAGCGCCGGUACUUACGACAGGAGCAUCUUCCCGCCCCAAUCCUCCUCAUCGUCUUCCUCCUCCUCUUCCGUCCAUCAGCACUCCUCCUCAACCCUCCCUCACCAGUCCAGCUCCCACCCGCAGACUUCCCCCCACUACUCCACCUCCUCUCUUCCGCACAAGCACACCUCCCUCUCCCUCAGCCAACAUUCCUCCCCCUCUCUCCCUCGCUCCGCCAGAUCCCGGACCUCCUGUAUCCCCCCUACUCCAGCGCCCACCGCUCCCCUCCCUGUCUGCCCCUCGCCACAAACGGGCAUUCGCUACGUGUCCCCCUCCUGCCAGGACCCACACGCACACCUGCAGGCCCAUUCAAUAAGGGGCCCGUAUGUGGAGCAGAGGGGGACAGAGGGGCUAAAGCAGGAGUGGUUCACCAAAUACUUCUCCUUCUGAGCACAAAUACACACACACACACAGCAGCUGCAAGUACAUUUCUUCACAUACAGUUCAUUGCUUCUUAUACACAUCCGUUUGCUUCCCACAUACACACACACAAAACCUUAAAGGGGAACUCCACCGAUUUUAUACAUCAGAGUCCGUUUACAGGUCUUUGGGAGUGCUACUGCAUAUGUGAAAAAAGUUGUAUAAAGCCUUUUGUGGCUCCUGAAGGAAGCUGCGCAAAGUCUGAUGAAUUGCCCCAAAGAAACAUCUGUUGGAGCUGAAAACUACAAGUUUGAAAAUGAAAAAAAAAAAAUCUGGGGUUGUGGAGUUAGAAAGAAGUGAGGUUACCAGGCUACAUUAGCCGCUACUAGCACAAUACAUGUCGUUCGUGAAUGAUUCGUUUAGGAGAACGAAUCUUUUAUGUGAACGAACUGAAUCACUUCCUGAAACUAUCCGUUCAUUUCUCAGUUCAGUUGAGCUCUCAGUCAGUUGCGAGUGAACGUGAUUCGUUUGCAGGGAUCGUAUCAGUAUCAUAGAGUGCAUAAACACAACUGCUGCAUCUGUACUCAUGAGAUUUUAAAUACCUUAAAUUUAAAAUGAGCUAGCUUACAUUUGACAAUCCCUGAAUUAUUUUUUUAAAGUCUCACCACCUUUCGUAGUUUACAAUGCGUGGUGAAACCUGCAAUAUGAAAAAACGGGUGGCUGACACUGUCUCAGAUCCUUUAACCGCGAGGGAACAUCGCAUGUUCAAUGAUCCAAGCACUGACCCAGUGCCCACCCUUCACCCUCCCUCUCAUGUCUUGAAGUCUCGAAGAAGAAAGUAGUAUCAAAUAUCUUAUUUGAUUAUUAUGUGCCGCGAAAAUAUACACACUGUACAUGAUAGCGUAACACUUUAUUAUAGCAGCUUUCAGUUUGCAAGCAGUAUCUUUAUCCAACUAAGUUCUCAGCUCAGUGGCUUCUCCUUCACGAAUGACCGUUCCCAGUUUUAGCGUGUUUCAGGUCAGUGAGGGGGAUUAUACGCAGUCAGAGCUCCGAUCAAGCACUGAACGAUUCAAUGAACGAAUCUUUUUAAUUCACUCUUUCUAGUGAUUCAGUACACUGAAAAGAACCGCUUUGCUCAUCGCUAGCCUGAAUCUGUACAGUCAAUUGAAUGAGUCAUGUUGCACUGUGGGUAACGUAGGCGGCAGGUUUUGACAAGGAAGAAUAAUGCAUGGCAUAAAAAAGAUGUCUCUGGUUCUGCUGCAUUGAUUUUGAUUUUUUUUAAACUGCCCAUCGUGUGUAUGUAUGUUAUAGAUGUGCAAUGCUAAAUCGGUGGAGUUCUUUUAAAACACACACACACACACACACACACACACACACAAACAGAGACAUGGCAACAUUAACAUACGUAUGGGCUCAUCACCAGCAAGGUCAUCUCAAACAUUGCCUCAAAGCUCAACCAAAAAGUGCUUCUCAAACACAUGCCUGACCUCUUCUCAGAACAUAGGCCUGCCGGAUCUUGUUUGUAUAGUUUGGAAUGUCUCCAUAUCUGUUUUUUUUUUUUUAAACAGUCUUCCUUUUUUAAAUGCAACUUUUGCUCUAAUCUCAUCACAUGAUUACUCCAGGAAAACGUACAUUUUUUUGAAAUCAGCAACCAAGUGUCUCUUCGAGUAUGGAAGCAUUCGACGUAUUCAAUCAAGAUCCUCGUCAAUACGGACACACACGACUCACCAUACCAAAAUGAAGCUUGUUUCAAUGCAAAAAUGUAUAAUAAUCUUAAUGAACAAAUUGAAUAAAUAUUUUGUUUUUGUA